AUGCCGGUGAAUGCAUUGUCUUCUAGUUUGUCCAAAACAUUGUCAAUACACCCCGUGGAGGAUGAGACCGAAUGCACUUCCUCUGGCCCAAAUAAACCCAGCCGUGCAGCUCGCCGCCGAGAGAAACGAGCAGCAGAACGCCGUGCGCAAGAAAGGGCAGCUGCUAAGGUUUCCGAUCCGUCAGCUUCGGCAACAAGUAUCAGAUCAUUAGAGUUGCGCAAAAUUGAACAGCAGUUGACCAGUCGACGAUUGCGCCUUUACGAAGUACCUUCGGACGGCGAUUGCCUCUACUUAUCUGUGGCACACCAAAUGCGGUUGCGAAACAUUCCUCUAGAUCCUCCGUCCGAUCUCACACAAAGUGAAACGGAUUCUAAAGUGAUACAACAAGACCAGGCACAAUCCAAAACAGAUGUAACCCGACUGCGCCAACUGACCGCGCAACAUUUACGAGAGAACAUAGAUGAAUUCCUUCCGUUCCUUUUCCAUCCGGAUACUGGAGACCCAAUGACCAAAGAAGCAUUUGAGGCCUACUGUGAUGCGAUAGAGAAAACGGCGGCCUGGGGUGGCCAGAUAGAAGUUCGCGCACUGUCCAACGUAUUCCGACUCCCAAUUGAGGUGCUUCAAGCAGAAGGACAAUCUGUCCUCAUCGGAGACGAAUUCGGUGGACCUCCGAUCACGAUCGUGUAA